AAAAUAGUUUUUCUGAUCUUCACAAUGAAUAGAAAUCUCGCAUUUGCUUAUUUUUUGUAUUUUUACUUUGAUUAAUCUUUUUUGAUUUUUCUGGUUUACUUCUUUACAAAAAAGGCAACAGAUCUUAAUGUUUAUAAUAAAAGCAAUACAAAAUUAGUGCGAGGUUGCACUUAUGGAUUGUGUGCUUUUUUUUCUAUAUUGUUAUUGAUUGAUAUAGUCGUCUACUACACUAUGAAUGAACACUGCAGUUGUAUGUACAAAAUAUCUAAGGCCUUAGACAUAACAUUGUUUGUGAUAAGAGUGGUGGAAUUAUUUGCAAGCAUAAUUUUCAUCACUGGAGCGUAUUUUCUGAAUAAGAAAAUGAAUGCAUUGAUAAUUGAGCAAAUUAUGUUCACAAACAGGAUGACAGGAGUGGAGAAGACGUAGUACAUAAAGAUUAGAAAUAUAAAAUUGAAAUUUUGGUAAUGUCAGGAUUGUAAUUAAAUAAAAGGACUUUGGUUUGUGUGACAGCCUUUGGAUAAGUAAUUCAAUGGAGUGCCGAUUUAGUCUAUUUCAUCUAUUACAAAUCAAACAAAACAGACAUCUGCGAAUUCCCUGCAUAUGUAAGCGAUGAGACAUGUUAAUAUAGAAUGUGGUUGUAAAACCUUGGGCUGAUAUUUUAAUUUGUCUCUUUGGAUAUUUCCUGCCGUUGUUCUGUGCUGUGUAUUUGUUUUGGUUCAAAAAGAAGCAAGUGCAAUAUGUGGUAAGAAUCUCAUCCCGCUUAUAAAGAGGAAUCGUUAGAAGUGGAAAGUUUGCCAGAGCGAUACUAUCACAAAUUGUUAAACUAGUCGAAUAGUUCAUUCUCUUCUUCAAAAUAAAAUUGAAAAAAGCAACACAAAUUAUAAACAAAUAUUCU